CGAGAGCGCACGGGCAGGGUGAACGAAACUCUCAGAGAAUUCCCCGCGCGAGCCUCAGGUUGCGUUUCGCAGUAAAGGCAGAAGCGUCACAGACUGGUAGCAGCUAGCUGGCCCGGGUUGUGGUGGUGCAUGAGAGGCUGACUCAGAUAGUCAAGCAACAAGUGUGCGUGCGGACGUGCGGCUGAGAGCUCCGUCUCGCACCUUGGAAUAGUAGUGGCCUUCCGUCAUCACGCGUUCGGAUAGUGAGAAGUGAACACAGUCAACCGUUUCUUACGGUCUAUUCAUUCGCCCUUUACUCGGGGUGACAUGGUUACUCUUAGACAAAGAGGUGUUAGCCCGACUAUGGCCAUCGACGCCAGUGGAGUUUGGCCAAGCGCAGCUGGUCGUCGCGGCAGCAUCACCAGCUACAAGUUCCGCGUUCGGGAGGAACGCAAGAAAGUGAUCCGCAUCUCGAACGCCAAGUACCGCACCAUAGAGGACCACGAGAGCGGCCUGCGGAGAUUCGUACUCAUCAGGAACACUCUGAGACGCCUGCAGCGCGAGGCUCGCGAGGAGAAGUUGGCUCGUCACCGCGCUGGUGCCACGAAUGUGUCGCCGUCCUACCUGUCUGCCUCUCGGCCCCGCUCCCCCUCCCCGCCCUGCGACAUGCAGGUGUCUGACGUGCUCAGUGUGUACGGCCAGCCCGCCCCCACGCCCAUCUCCGCCCUCGAGGAGGACGACCCGGUGCCGGCGCCCAAGAGGCCCAGACUCUUCCUCGACGACGACAAGGAGAACGAGCGUGGCUCUUGCGAGUCGCGGCUGAUGGAGUGCGGAGUGGACGACAAGGACGACUCCAGGAUCAUUGUCGACGACACCCAGGAGAUUCUGCGGGAUCUGUAUGAGACUUUCACGGGCGAGUCAAUCAGCGCCCAACCCCGCCCCUCAACGCCCACGCCGCCUCGCCCAGACACGCCAUUUGCCGCCCCUGCCUACUCAUGCACCCUACCUUCCACCACCACGCCCUCCCUCACCACUACAAACAACAGUAGCAGCUCCAGUACCAAUAAUAACACUAGUACCUAUACAAACAGCUACAGCAGCAUGGGCACCGGGGGCAGCAGCUACCAUGACUGGGGCAGGACACAGCAACAGCAGUAUGCGUGUGGCCACGCCUCGCUCCUAGGAAACGACCUCCAGUCCGUUGUGUUCCACAGCCUCAUCGCUUCGCUCGAGUCGUAACGCGCGAUGUGUGCUGCUGAUGAAACCCAGCAGCAGCAACAGUAGUAGCAGCAGCAGCAGUGACAGCGGAGGUGGCUCUCCCCCUCGCGCUGCCUGCAGUGCCAUGCCAAAGAGGUGCAAUCACUGGCGGGUGGCCCCCAGAAGCCGUGUGAUUUCAUCAAGUGUUCCCAGCUGUGAUCUUACCAUUAUUAACGCGGAGCUCGGACUCGUCCAGUGCCUGAAUGUUGCGUCACCCGCGAGCGCCCUCGGAAGAGGAGGCGCCUGGCGAGGUGGCCCGGUUCGUCUCGUAGUGUUUGCCGGUGCUGAUGGUGACGGUGAGGAAGAGGAGGACUUGCGUCUCCAGGAAGGGCAGGCAAGACUCCAUGCGGCUCCGUCGUCUGCUGCCACGCCUGAGGAGGAGGCAGGGUGGCUGGAGCAGCACCUUCGGUAGUGUAACUUUGGUGAGCCUUCUUUAAUUAAUUACCUGAUGAGGAAGGGAGUAUCCGUGGACAUUGUAUAUUAUUACAAGAUCAUUCACUUGCAUCAUUCAUCCCGAGUCGUUCUCAUGACAUUCAUUGAAUGAACGAGAUCAGUGAUUAUAUAUAUAUAUAUAUAUAUAUAUAUAUAUAUAUAUAUAUAUAUAUAUAUAUAAUCACACUCAUACAUACACACUCACGCGCAUCAUCAUCGUCACAUUCUUCCCAUGGUCAUAUCAUCGCUGUCGUUGUCUUAAUCAUCACCGUCAGUAGUUCAUCCUCGCCACAAUGACCCUCGGCAGUUUAGUCUCAACCGAAUUCUUAGUUCGCCCUUCACAUUUGAGGGCUUGGCCGCUUCACUCGGAUCUUACAGUCGGUGGUACGCCCGAUGAGAGAGAAAAAUUUUAAAUAAGGAAAGUCCCUCCCGAGGAAAAACCCUUGGGAGAUCUUUUUUUCCCGCUGGAGACAAAGCCACCAGCCCUUUUCGACUGCGCUCAAGUGGAAGGGCUGUUCUAACUGAGAAUUUGGAAAUGCCUGCAAGUGCUCGCCCAUACAGGCCAGAGGGAAGGAGGCAGAAAACGUAGCGGGUCCCAAUGACAAAAUUAUGCCAAGGUUAACUUUCGAAAGGCGUCCCCCCCUACCCCCACCCACCCCCCUUUCACCGUCGGCCUACCACCCCUUAUUCCAAAAAGGAACUCGAAGCAACUCCAUCAGUGAAAAAAUAUAUAUAUUCUAAUUUAAUUGACAUUACAAAGAUGUUGAAGCUUCGAGAGCAAAACCGCCCUUCCCCUCCCUCCCUCCCCCUGCCGCGUAACUUUCACCCCCCCCCCUCGACAGAAGCCUCUUUCCCGCACGGUCUCACGGGCGUGGCUUGCGGGCAGUCAACAGGCAUUUGGUUUGUCUAGUCUUCAGUCUCUUCGUGAAGUCGUAAGUUGCUUUCUUGACGGCGGUAUCCAGCAGACUUGGUUAUACGGAAAAGGGGAAAAAACGUGCAAAUGCGAGAUUUCGAAACAAAAAUGGUGAUGUCAGAAAUCUUCGUUUCUCGCUGUAUUCACUUAAACUUUUUUUUUUUCGUCUGUCGACUUCUGUAAUAUAUUAUUUUGUCUUUCUUUGUAUAUAUGAAUGUGCAUAUGUAUAUGUAACUUAAGUAAUGCUUUUUUCAGUUUCGUUUCUGAUCACAAUGACUUCAAUUUUGUUUCUGUAUUUUUGUAUGUUUGUUUUUUUAUCGGAAGGUUGUUUGUCCUUGUUUAUCACCUGUUUGUUUUGUUUGUUGGUGCCAAGAUGUAAAAGGUUAUAAACGAAAUGUAAAAAAAAAGCAAAAAAGAAAAAUUUAAAAGAUGGUGACAUUUUUAGAAGCUAAACAGAGUUUGAAGGUGCUAUAAUUUGAGAUUGUAAUAGAUUGUGAAAGAUUAAAAAAACUCUGUUGGACAAAUAUAUCGCUGAUUAAGAUGAUCUCUACGUAUGUUUAUAUGAAUAUAAAUAAUAUAUAUAUAUUAUAAUGUAUAGAUUUUUAUGACCCAUACCAAGUCUGUGCUGUUACUAGCCCCCUCAGUUCUUACUCAUACACACUACAUCUUGUCUUGGCUUCGUAAUUUCAUUCACUCGCACACACACACAUUUCUCUUCAUUCAAGAAACACUGUAGAUGGCGAGGGUUUCCUCAUACUCGAGCAGGUUCGGCCGCAGCCAGAGCCCAGGCACCCUAGGCCUAUGAGGCGACGGCGGCUGGCUCUGCGCUCAGGUUCCGAGGCUCGAGUAGCAUGGACUCAUUCGAGUAGUCCGAGACUCCUCCUUCCGCCUCGCCCUGGCCUUGGGUCCUCGAGCUGGAAGCGGGUCUCGGACUCCAGCCCCACCAAGCGAGUGUAAUUCCGGAUGAGUGCCAUCAGUCACCGCAUAAAUAGACUUAAUUUUACAAUUUUGUAUAUUGUACAAAUGUAUAUUGAGAAUUUGUUAUGAUUAAGAGUUAUUUGUAUUUAGUUGGCUAAUGAACGAGUCAAAAUACCAAAAUGUAGUUUGUAUAAAAAAGAUUCAAAGUGUGUAUCAAAGUUUUGAAAACGAUCAUCAACGAUUCCCAGACUAGACAUGUAUGAUAAUUGACCACAGUUUAUUUACACAUAGAAAGGUUGUACCAUUUAUUAUUUAUUCCGAUGUGGAUAUUAUUUAUACAUAUAUGAUAGACACAAACAGGCGGGAAAGCGCACGUUGGGGUUGGCUGUCUGGCGCCGUCGCGAGCUGCCGGGGAGCGAGUUAGUGAUAUAUCUUAAGACAUUUCGGUCAUUUUCCAAGACAUUUCAGUGUUGAUAAUACGCCCCCAGGAAAUGUAAAUGUGAUUUUAUAUGUAGCGACACAGACCUAAUUACAGAGGAUAUUUUGUCAGCGAGGGCCAGACAGCCUCUGCCACCCGACGCGUCUUCCCGCGUGUUGCCAGCGUCACAAAGCGAGCAACUGGCGAGGUCGGAGGACGAAUUCUGGAAGUGGCACUCGAGCCAGGUCACGUGUGCCAGGGUCUUGGCCCUCAGUCGAGCGGGUGUGAUUUUCAGAAUGAAAUCCUAGCAUUAAUAACUCAAAUAGCUGCAGUUGUUCAGUUGCCACUUAUUAUUUUAAUUAUACGAAUUAUUGUCUUCCGUUUAUUUUCUUCAAUGUCUUUACCUGUUUUAAUGAUAAUUGCCAGUUAUCAUUUCCAUAAUCACAAAUUGAUUAUUUUGAGUAAUUAGUUUCUUGUUUACGGUUCACCGACACGUUGACAAAACUAGUGAAGGAUAAGGGUAGCACAAUGUAAAAAGUAACUUUUUAUAUGAUACAGAUUUGAACCGGGACUAAUGUACAAAAGUCACUAAGCGACGCCCGUGACAAGAGAGAAUCACCCAUAAGCCAUAGUGUCAUUAGUGCCACUGUUGCUCAUCGCACUUGUCUUAGGAAGUGGCAUAGGGGGAACCAAGCUAAAUCCAGAUUGUGAUACCGUCAUUUAUUAUUACUGUAACCAUUGAUAUAUAAUAUCAUCUACGAAAACUAUUUUUUUUCUCUGUUAUUCCAAUCACAGAACACAUGCGAAACCAAAAAAUUGCAAGCCUUAUUUCCUCCGCCUGGGAUUGGUAGCCUGGUUCACUCCCGGGCCGUUGUGGGCACUGGCUGGCUUGGGGGGCGAAUCCCGCAGGCGUCGCUGAGAAAGGGCGAGGGGGGGGAGGGGGAGGGGCGGCGACGGGGGACUCUCCGACGCUCGCUGUGGUCCCCCCCCCCCUCCCUCCUCCUCCUAGUGCAGUGGUGGUUGGGGAGGGGCGGGGGAGGGAGAGGUGGAGCAGGGGGGCGCGGUGCCGGCGAAGGGGUGGAGGCAGUGACAACAAGUCUGUAUUUCUCCAUCGCUCCCCCCACCCUUCCUCCACCGUUCUCCCCCUCCCCUUCUCCCUUCCCGUGACCCCCUCCCCCCCACCACCCACCUUAGCUGUUUAUAAUAUCUCCCCAAACUGUGGCAUAGCUAGUGAUGAUGCUAUAUAAAAGUAAACGAAGAUAAAGCUAUUUUGUUCCUGCCAAAACACGUAAAUAAGGUGUAUUAUCUUGUUACAUUGUAUUUUGUGAAUUUUUUCAAAUAUAUGAUAUGAAAGAUA